AUGGCAGAACAUCCACCACUACUGGAUACAACUCAGAUUUUAAGUAGUGAUAUUUCUCUUCUGUCUGCCCCUAUUGUAAGUGCAGAUGGAACACAACAGGUUAUUCUGGUACAAGUUAACCCAGGGGAAGCAUUUACAAUAAGAAGAGAAGAUGGACAAUUUCAGUGCAUUGCAGGUCCUGCUCAGGUUCCAAUGAUGUCCCCAAAUGGUUCUGUGCCUCCUAUUUAUGUGCCUCCUGGAUAUGCCCCACAGGUCAUUGAAGACAAUGGUGUUCGAAGAGUUGUUGUGGUUCCUCAGGCACCAGAGUUUCAUCCUGGUGGUCACACCGUCAUCCACCGUUCUCCACAUCCUCCUCUGCCUGGUUUUAUUCCUGUCCCAACCAUGAUGCCCCCUCCGCCACGCCAUAUGUACUCACCAGUAGCUGGAGCUGGAGACAUGGCAACACAGUAUAUGCCACAGUAUCAGUCUUCACAAGUAUAUGGAGAUGUAGAUGCUCACUCUACACAUGGAAGGUCCAACUUUAGAGAUGAAAGAUCUAGUAAAACAUAUGAACGUUUGCAGAAAAAAUUAAAGGAUCGCCAAGGAACACAGAAAGAUAAAGUGAGCAGUCCACCAUCAUCACCUCAGAAAUGCCCUUCUCCCAUAAAUGAACAUAAUGGACUUAUAAAAGGGCAGAAUGCCAGCGGUGGAAACACAGGAUCAGUAAAGAACAAGUCAGGAAAAGGGAAAGGUGGUGCACAAAUUGAUACAGAAAUAGAAGAAAAAGAUGAAGAAACUAAAGCCUUUGAAGCACUUCUUUCCAACAUUGUCAAACCAGUGGCCUCAGACAUCCAGGCAAGGACAGUAGUACUUACCUGGUCACCUCCUUCCAGCCUCAUUAAUGGUGAAACUGAUGAGACUACUGUACCAGAGGUCUAUGGUUAUGAAAUUCUGGUCUCAAGUACUGGAAAAGAUGGGAAAUAUAAAAGUGUAUAUGCAGGAGAAGAAACAAGUGUCACUUUAAAUGAUCUCAAACCAGCUACAGAUUACCAUGCAAAAGUUCAGGCAGAAUACAAUUCUAUAAAGGGAACUCCUUCAGAAGCUGAAACCUUUACUACCUUGAGCUGUGAGCCUGACAUACCUAAUCCUCCAAGGAUAGCCAAUCGGACCAAAAAUUCACUCACUUUGCAGUGGAAGGCACCUAGUGACAAUGGUUCUAAAAUCCAAAGCUUUAUUUUAGAGUGGGAUGAGGGAAAAGGAAAUGGAGAAUUUUGUCAGUGUUAUAUGGGCUUACAGAAGCAAUUUAAAAUUACUAAACUGUCACCAGCAAUGGGUUGUAAAUUUAGACUGUCAGCCAAAAAUGACUAUGGUACAAGUGGUUUUAGUGAAGAAGUCUUAUAUUACACCUCAGGCUGUGCCCCUUCUAUGCCAGCAAGUCCUAUAUUAACUAAAGCAGGGGUUACUUGGUUAUCCUUACAAUGGAGUAAACCCUCAGGAACACCAUCAGAUGAAGGAAUUUCUUACAUUUUAGAGAUGGAGGAAGAAACUUCAGGAUAUGGUUUUAAACCUAAAUAUGAUGGAGAAGACCUUGCUUACACAGUGAAAAAUCUCAGACGUAGUACAAAAUACAAAUUUAAGGUUAUUGCUUACAACUCUGAAGGUAAAAGUAAUCCAAGUGAAGUAGUAGAAUUUACUACAUGCCCUGAUAAACCGGGAGUACCUAUAAAGCCCUCAGUUAAAGGAAAGAUACAUUCACAUAGUUUUAAAAUAACUUGGGACCCACCAAAAGACAGUGGAGGGGCAGCCAUCAAUAAAUAUGUGGUAGAGAUGGCAGAAGGUUCUAAUGGAAACAAAUGGGAUAUGAUAUACAGUGGAGCUACUAGGGAAUAUCUUUGUGAUCGACUGAAUCCAGGCUGUUUCUAUCGUUUUCGAGUUUACUGCAUCAGUGAUGGAGGACAGAGUGCGGUAUCAGAGUCUUUACUUGUGCAGACUCCAGCUGUGCCUCCUGGCCCAUGCCUCCCUCCCAGAUUACAGGGCAGACCCAAAGCAAAAGAAGUACAGUUACGAUGGGGACCUCCUUUGGUCGAUGGUGGAUCACCCAUUUCUUGCUAUGGUGUGGAGAUGUCUCCUGUAGAAAAAGAUGAACCCAGAGAAGUUUACCAAGGUUGUGAAGUAGAAUGUACAGUGAGCAACCUUCUUCCUGGAAAGACUUACAGCUUCAGACUCCGUGCAGCUAACAAAAUGGGGUUUGGACCAUUUUCAGAAAAAUAUGACAUUACUACAGCCCCUGGACCACCAGAUCAGUGCAAGCCCCCUCAAGUGAUGUGCAGAUCUGCAACUUGUGCACAAGUGAAUUGGGAGGUCCCUUUGAGUAAUGGAACUGAUGUCACUGAAUAUCGAUUGGAGUGGGGAGGAGUUGAAGGAAGUAUGCAAAUAUGUUACUGUGGGCCAGGUCUCAGUUAUGAAUUAAAAGGACUUUCACCAGCAACUACCUAUUAUUGUAGAGUCCAGGCUCUGAGUAUUGUGGGUGCAGGCCCUUUCAGUGAAGUAGUAGCCUGUGUGACUCCACCAUCAGUCCCUGCUGUUGUGACUUGUCUUCAAGAAAUAAGUGACGAUGAUAUAGAAAAUCCCAAUUAUUCACCUUCUACCUGCCUUGCAAUUAGCUGGGAAAAGCCUUGUGAUCAUGGUUCAGAAAUCCUUGCCUACAGCAUAGACUUUGGAGAAAAACAGCCCUUGACAGUGGGAAAAAUUACAAGCUACGUUAUAGACAAUUUGCAACCAGAUACAACAUACAGAAUACGAAUUCAAGCCUUGAAUAGCCUUGGAGCUGGUCCUUUCAGCCACAUGAUAAAAUUGAAAACUAAACCCCUCCCUCCUGAUCCACCUCGUCUGGAAUGUGUUGCCUUCAGCCACCAGAACCUUAAACUGAAAUGGGGAGAAGGAACCCCAAAGACACUGUCGACAGAUUCUGUUCAGUACCACCUUCAGAUGGAGGAUAAGAAUGGAAGGUUUGUAUCCUUGUACAGAGGUCCGUGUCAUACAUACAAAGUCCAAAGACUUAAUGAGUCGACAUCCUAUAAAUUCUGUAUUCAAGCUUGUAAUGAAGCAGGGGAGGGUCCUCUCUCCCAAGAAUAUAUUUUCACUACUCCAAAAUCUGUCCCAGCUGCCUUGAAAGCCCCCAAAAUAGAGAAAGUAAAUGAUCACAUUUGUGAAAUUACAUGGGAGUGUCUACAGCCAAUGAAAGGUGAUCCAGUUAUUUACAGUCUUCAAGUUAUGGUGGGAAAAGAUUCAGAAUUCAAACAGAUUUACAAAGGUCCUGACUCUUCAUUCCGGUAUUCAAGCCUUCAGCUGAACUGUGAAUAUCGUUUCCGUGUGUGUGCCAUUCGCCAGUGCCAAGACCCUGUGGGGCAUCAGGACCUCGUAGGUCCCUACAGCACAACAGUGCUCUUCAUCUCUCAGAGGACGGACCCACCAGCUAGCACCAACAGAGACACUGUGGAAAGCACGAGGACCCGGCGGGCACUUAGUGACGAGCAGUGUGCAGCCGUCAUCCUUGUGCUGUUUGCUUUCUUUUCCAUUCUGAUUGCCUUUAUCAUUCAGUACUUUGUAAUCAAGUGAGAAUAUAUUUUUAAUACUGUAUUACAUUUUAUUUUGUCAUGUACUAAAAUUAUUUCUGUAUUGCUUUUACAAAAACAGUGACAUUUAGCACUGGCAUUGAGACUAUAGUACAUCAUUUUUGCCAUUUUCAAUGCUUAUAUUGUUAGGUAGAGGCUGGCACCUUAUUAGAAUGAAAGCCACAGAAAUAGCAAUUUUUGAAUUUUUAUUUGGUUGGGGCUCUUUUUUUUCUCUUUUUCUCUUUUUUCUUUCUUUUUUUUCUCUUUUUUCUUUCUUUUUUUACUCUUUUUCCUUUCUUUUUUUUUUUUUUUGACACGGCUUCUUGUGAAACAAACUUUCUAAGAGGCAACAACAUAUAAUUGAUAUUUUGACCAGUCAGCAUGAGUGUAACAGUGACGACCUGAUCUGUUUGUUUUAAAGAUUAUUACCUAGUGAAAAUUGCAGAACGAUUAAAAUUUACACUAACAUGCUACAUAAAAAUGUUAAAAGUAUGAUGCUGUGAAAGCAAUCUAGUGCUAUAUUUCUACCUCCUCAUUUGUCUUAAUUAUUUGGUAAGUGGGAUUAUGAUGAAUAACUGGAGGGGCUUAGCAAACAAAAACUGGAUAAAAGAAUAUGCAUGGAAAAAAGAAGCGUUUUGUUUGAUAAAUGUGGAGUUCUUCAUUACAGGUAUAUAUUCAUGAAUUCACAGAGAAGUCAUUUAAAGAAAGCACAGUUUACUUGGCCUAAAAAUAUUUUAAUGUUUACUCAAAAAAUACAUCUUCAGGUCUUGAGAAUAUGGAAAAGAACGGAGGGCUUUUUAGAUAGUUACUUUUUUAAAGUAAUCAUAAUCAAUUCUGAAUUUCAAAUCCUAUUUAAUUUGGUUUUGUGAGCCUUUGAACUAUAUGUAUGGGUAUAAGGACAUGCACAUACAUAUAUGGCUUUAUAUAUAUCAAGUGUAGAAAUAUAUAUAUAGACACACACACACUCUCUCUUACUCCAUCUAUCUGGUAUAGGCUAAUUUUGAAAAACUCCCAUAAGUUUUGCUGCUUCUCCUGUAACUACUGCCAUCACCAUCAGAAUUCAUAAUCAAACCUAACCUUUUUGUUUGGGGCACCAAAUCUGAAGACAAAAUUAAUUUGCACCAGUAAACUUCGAGCUGCUUUCUUUCUUGAAAAACUAAUGUUUAAUGUAAUGUCUGUUUGGAUACCGUUCCAGUUGUUGAUUGCAUGUGGUUAAUGUUGCAUUUGAGCACUUUGCAAUUGCAUAAUUCAUUAAUGUUUUGUGAGCUUGCAUUUGUGAGUUAUCAGAUGAUCAGAUUGAAUUUUGUCAGGUAUCACAUUGUACAUCUGGCACAGAUGUCCAUGACUGCCAGUAAUAAUACAGUCUGUAAUGAAACUAUCUAAAAUUCUUGUUUUAUCACAUCUGUUAUCUGUAAAACACUUGUAACUAGCCUUUUUAAUUUAUUAUUUGAAUUUUAGGAUAGUGUAUCACUAAUUUUAGUUGCUGAGGUUAGCAUUUUAGUGAUUACUAAGCACUUCUGUCAGUCUUUGAAAAAAGGACAUAUGUUUUGUGCUUUGAAGAUCUCUGAAGAAUUUCUCUUAUAUUAGAAUGGGCAUGUAUUGUAAUUGUUUUAUGUCAGAUGAUCUGUGCUGUAGAAAAAAACAUUAACCUUUGUUCAAAAAAGAAAUGGAUAAACUUGGCCUUCCCAAGUGGUUAAGAAUGAUCUGUCACUAUAAAAUACUGUAUGUUUACAUUUUAUUUAAAUUUAAUCUCUUAUGUAUAGGCUGAUGACUUUCCCCCAGAACAACAGUGAUUGAGAUUGUUUUCUAGAACUUCUUAAAAGUGCCACAUUUGGCAGUACAAAUGAGUUUGAGUGUAAUAGCCCAGAGAUUUCUAUAUAGUUGAAUGUCUAAAAUGGUAAAAUGUGCCACUAUGGCAGUUACAGUGGCUUAUGUUUUUCAUAGUAACUCAAAUGAACUCCUAUUUUUGAUAGUAAAUGUCAUUUAAUAGUGUACUUGCCAUUUGAGCCUCACUGCAAAAUUAGUGCAGAGGAGAAAACAAUUUUUAAUGUAAUCUUGACUUUACCUCAUAUACUGUACAUUCCAAAAACUCUAAACUUUUUAAAGAUUAUAAAUACACUACCAAACAUAUCACCUUAAAAUUGUAUAAGGUUGAACUUCAUACAAAUGAAAAAAUAUAAUCUCAUAAAAAUACAUAAACUAUGUAGCAAAAGUAUCUUUAAAAUCCAUGGAAAAUAAAAGUUGUAUCAUUCUUUUUUGA